AUGGCUACCUGCGGAACAUGCGGGUCUAAAUUCGAUAAUUAUCGGGCUCGGUUGGACCAUAUGUUCGAAUGGGAUCAUGAUAUCCCUGAAUAUGAAUGCGACAGUUGUUUUUGCUUCUUCCCCUCGUACGGCGCAGUCGUCAACCAUAUGAAUUGGAUGAAUCAUUGGCGCUUCAAGUGUCAUGUCCAAGGCUGUUACGAGUCGUUUCCAACCGAAGAAGUUCAGCAGGACCACGAGGCCGAAAUACACUACUACUGUGAACCUUGUAACCGAACCUUUAUCUCUUACAACAACAUCAGGAUGCACCAAAACUCGCGCAUCCACCGCGGUCUCGACGUUCCAUGCCCCCAUUGCAAGAAGAACUUCGUAGCCGCCACCGGCCUUUCACAUCACAUAGAGAGUGGAUCCUGCCCGGGGGCCCCAAGUUCAAACCGAGAUCUAGUUUUCAGAAGAAUCCGAUCCAAAGAUACGAACCACAUAAUAUCUAAUAAGCUCCCCGGUUGGGACGGCUCUCCCCGCUACCAGGCCACGGCGUUAGCGUGGAACGGAAAGGCGUUCGAGUGCUAUCUAUGCCACAACACGUACAAGCACCUCCAGUAUCUGAAUCAGCAUCUCAGCUCUCCUAUACAUCAGCAGAAUCUCUACCAUUGCCCUAAGCCUGGGGCCUGCGGUCUUCUAUUUACCACUCUUGCUGGUCUGAUGAAUCAUCUCGAGAGUGAAUCUUGCGGCUACACCAAGUUUGAAAACGUCCAGAGAAGUUUUGAACCUAUCGUAUAUUCUAACCAGCCACCUAGCUAUCAAGCGGGAUGGUGGUAUUGA